CACUAGGGAAAAAAAAAGGAAAACCGCCUUUCUUUUCCAGACUUUCUGUCCCUUUUGGUCGAGGGAGGUAAAAGACGAAGGCGCUACACAAGGCAAAGCGAAUUAUUUGCCAGGCAAAACUGUUGAGCUUUCGCCUGCUCUCUACUGCUUACAGUAGACUACAUUUCCUCUUUUUUUUCUCCCUUUCAGCUGCUGGAUUAUCGAAGAAGCAGCGUCUGUUGUAGCUUUCGACUUUAUCGCGCUCUUCUCGUGUGUGGGUGUGUGUAGGACGUUUCCGGUUUUAUUUCAUUAUUUAUUAUUAUUAUUUUGAUUUUUUUUUAAUUCGUGAGUAGUAGUGGCGCGAGCUUUGUGCUUGUAAACGCCCAGUUUAUUGACCGGUGUAAGGGCUGAAGUUUAGUUUGCAGCGCACGCGCUGAGUUACUGCAUUGAAAGCGCGUGUCGCUCGCGCCUCGGAACAUUACAUAGCUACACUAACACUCGGUUUGUUUUUUGUUUGUUUGUUUGUUUGUUUUUUAUACGUUUACUUCUUACAAGAGGUGCUUUUAGAGGAAAGACGACUGCUCGUGUUUUCCUCGUUCCACCACUGUGAGGAUAGAGGGAGCACAUUACAUUACACUUCAUUACAUUACAUUACGCCUCUCGUGCACACUCGAGGGGGAGGAAAAGACUGCGAUUUUUGACGGGAUUUUAUAAAAGUCCGAGCCACUUUCAUGCACUGAAAAGAACCGGAGGUGGAGGAGGAAGGUCAUUCCUGGGAGUGUCGGCUUUAUUCUGCGUUUCCCCCACCAGCAACAAAACAGACACAUCGGCUCUAAAAGCGCUGUGAUGACCUGGUGACUUGUCUAGGGUGUACCCCGCCUCUUGCCCAUAGUCAGCUGGGAUAGGCUUCAGCUUGCCUGCAACCCUGCACAGGAUAAGCGGCUGCUGAUAAUGGAUGGAUGGAUGGAUGGAUGGAUGCUUAGCACCAGUGUUGGCUACUAGCUACUGUCCAUCUGCACUCCCUGGAUACUCUAAGCUGAAGUAAACCUACAUUUAAAGAUGUGGUAACAUGCUCUCCGUGGAAAGCUGUUCUCUUCAGAACUCCUUCCUCUAAUGGUUCUAUUCCAUUGUUCUGCAAGACGUCAGCAGUGAUCUUCUCUCAGAACUUGAAAACUCGUCAGAAAGCUGCCAAUCUUUGAAAGCAUUCCUGUUAAGUGAAGUCUUACAUUUCGGGACCAGUCUACCCAACGUAUCAGAACGCCAGCUAGAGACAGAAAACAUGGCUAACAACACUGCGGACCACCCACCUGGGAACUCUGUAGCUGAAGGCAAUCAUGAUGGGGACUUUGGCUGCACGGUGAUGGAGCUCCGGGAAUUGAUGGAGCUCAGGAGCGCAGAGGCAGUCAACAAGAUCAGAGACGCCUACGGAGAUGUGCAGGGGAUCUGCCGAAGGCUGAAAACUUCUCCUGUUGAAGGGCUCUCUGGAAACCCGGCGGACUUGGAAAAGCGCCACACGGCCUUCGGCAGGAACUUCAUCCCUCCUAAAAAGCCCAAGACCUUCCUGCAGUUGGUGUGGGAAGCGUUGCAGGACGUCACACUCAUCAUCUUGGAGAUAGCUGCCAUCAUUUCUUUGGGCCUGUCCUUCUACCACCCAAAAGGAGAUGACAGUCAUGCUUGUGGCCAGGCCGCUGGUGGUGUCGAGGAUGAAGGUGAAGCCCAAGCAGGUUGGAUUGAGGGCGCUGCUAUUUUGUUUUCAGUGAUCAUUGUGGUCUUGGUGACGGCAUUUAACGACUGGAGCAAAGAGAAGCAGUUCCGCGGGCUGCAGAGUCGCAUCGAGCAGGAGCAGAAGUUCACAGUCAUCCGCAAUGGUCAGGUGAUCCAGAUCCCUGUGGCUGAGAUCGUGGUGGGAGAUAUCGCGCAGAUCAAAUAUGGUGACCUCCUUCCUGCUGAUGGGAUUCUGAUCCAAGGCAAUGACUUGAAGAUCGAUGAGAGCUCCCUGACCGGAGAGUCAGAUCAAGUAAAGAAGUCUCUUGAGAAAGAUCCAAUGCUAUUAUCUGGAACCCAUGUGAUGGAGGGAUCUGGGAGGAUGGUGGUCACUGCCAUUGGCCUGAACUCCCAGACUGGAAUCAUUUUCACUCUGCUUGGAGCCGGCGGUGAGGAGGAGGAGAAGAAAGUUAAGAAAGGUAAAAAACAAGGAGCCCCUGAAAAUCGCAACAAAGCCAAGACCCGGGAUGGCGUUGCUCUGGAGAUCCAACCUCUAAAGAGUGCAGAGGGAGCUGAAUGCGAGGAGAAAGAGGAGAAAGAAGUGAAGAAGGUCAACGUCACCAAGAAGGAGAAGUCCGUACUUCAGGGCAAGCUGACCAGAUUGGCUGUACAGAUCGGAAAAGCAGGCCUCAUCAUGUCUGCUGUGACUGUCAUCAUCCUUAUCUUAUACUUUGUGAUCGAUACAUUCGGGGUGCAGGGACGAGAGUGGAAGGCCGAAUGCACACCCAUCUACAUUCAGUACUUUGUCAAGUUCUUCAUCAUUGGCGUGACCGUGUUGGUGGUCGCUGUUCCUGAAGGGCUUCCACUUGCUGUCACCAUUUCACUUGCCUACUCCGUCAAGAAAAUGAUGAAAGACAACAACUUGGUGAGGCACCUGGAUGCCUGCGAGACCAUGGGCAAUGCCACAGCCAUCUGUUCUGACAAGACCGGCACACUCACCAUGAACCGCAUGACCGUGGUGCAGGCCUACAUAGGUGACCAGCACUACAAGAAGGUUCCAGAGCCUGAGGCCAUCAAAUCUGAGACUCUGGAGCUCAUGGUCAACAGCAUCUCCAUCAACUCGGCCUACACCACCAAGAUCCUAUCACCAGAGCAGGAAGGUGGUCUACCAAGGCAUGUGGGUAAUAAGACUGAAUGCGCCCUCCUGGGACUGGUUCUGGAGCUGAAGCGGGAUUAUCAGCCCAUCCGUGAUGAGAUCCCUGAAGAGAAGCUUUACAAGGUCUACACCUUCAAUUCAUCACGCAAGAGCAUGAGCACAGUGCUGAAAAAUGAAGACGGCUCAGGUUUUCGCAUGUACAGCAAAGGCGCCUCGGAGAUCAUCCUCCGCAAGUGUUCCUACAUCCUGGAUGCUGCAGGUAAGCCUCGGGUCUUCAAGCCCAAGGACCGGGAUGAGAUGGUACAGAAAGUGAUUGAACCCAUGGCCUGUGAUGGCUUGAGAACCAUCUGUGUAGCUAUGAGGGACUUCACUGGCGAGGAGCCAAACUGGGACAACGAGGCUGAGAUUCUGACAGACCUCACUUGCAUCUGUGUGGUGGGCAUCGAAGACCCUGUCCGUCCAGAGGUUCCAGAGGCCAUAGCGAAGUGCCAGAGAGCAGGAAUUACCGUGCGCAUGGUUACUGGCGACAAUAUCAACACUGCCCGUGCUAUUGCUACCAAAUGUGGUAUCCUGCAGCCUUCAGAAGACUUUCUGUGUCUGGAAGGCAAAACAUUUAACCAACAAAUCCGCAACGACAAAGGAGAGGUGGAGCAAGAUCGUCUUGACAAGGUCUGGCCCAAACUACGUGUACUAGCCCGUUCUUCUCCAACAGACAAGCACACUCUAGUCAAAGGCAUCAUUGACAGCACAGUGGGAGGAACCAGACAGGUGGUGGCAGUGACGGGUGACGGAACCAAUGAUGGACCUGCCCUCAAAAAGGCUGAUGUCGGCUUUGCUAUGGGUAUUGCUGGGACUGACGUGGCUAAGGAAGCCUCUGACAUCAUCCUGACCGACGACAACUUCACCAGCAUCGUAAAGGCCGUAAUGUGGGGCCGUAACGUCUAUGACAGCAUCUCCAAGUUCUUGCAGUUUCAGCUCACCGUGAACGUAGUGGCCGUCAUCGUGGCUUUCACUGGCGCCUGCAUUACACAGGACUCUCCGCUAAAAGCAGUGCAGAUGCUCUGGGUGAAUCUGAUCAUGGACACACUGGCCUCUCUGGCUCUAGCCACUGAACCACCCACCGAGGCCCUGCUGUUGCGCAAACCGUACGGUCGAAACAAGCCACUCAUCUCCAGAACCAUGAUGAAGAACAUCCUGGGCCAUGCCGUCUACCAGCUGACUGUGACCUUCACCUUGCUGUUUGCCGGAGAGAAGUUCUUCAACAUCGACAGUGGUCGCAAUGUCCCUCUGCACGCACCCCCUUCUGAACACUACACUAUCAUCUUCAACGUCUUCGUCAUGAUGCAGCUCUUCAAUGAGAUUAAUGCCCGCAAGAUCCACGGAGAGAGGAAUGUCUUCGAGAGCAUUCACAGGAACCCCAUCUUCUGCUGCGUCGUCCUGGGAACCUUCGUCCUGCAGAUCAUCAUCGUGCAGCUUGGAGGGAAGCCUUUCUCCUGCACAGCUCUCACCCUGGAUCAGUGGCUCUGGUGUAUUUUCAUUGGUGUCGGCGAACUGCUUUGGGGCCAGUUCGUCUCCACCAUCCCCACACACCGCCUCAAGUUCCUGACGACGGUUGGUCAUGGCAGCACCAAGGAGGAAAUGCAGAAAGAGGAGCAGAUCGAGGACGUGGAUGAGAUUGACCAUGCUGAGAUGGAGCUACGCCGCGGUCAGAUCCUCUGGUUCCGAGGGCUCAACCGCAUCCAGACUCAGAUUAAGGUGGUGAACGCUUUCCGCAGCUCACUGUACUCGAGCCUCGAGUCCAAAAGCUCCAUCCACAACUUCAUGGUCCACCCUGAGUUCAUGUCGCGGGCCGAGGAGGAGGAAGAGGAAGAGGAGGAGGAGCACGUGCCUACGAUAGAGGAGAGCAGCGCCGAGAUCGAGCCGCUGCCUUCCUCCUCCUCCGUGUCCUCCUCCUCUGCCUCCCCAAGGAAAAGUGGAGGUGGAGGCGGAGAACCCCCAGACAGCUCCGUCCACGACCACGAGUCCUCCGUCUGACCAGAUUUUCCUUCCUGCAUCCAGUCCUAUCCUGUCCUCCUGCAAGUUCCUCCCUUAAAAAAAAAAAAAAAACACCACCUCACCCUUCAUGCAGCAUUCUCCCAUGGAGCCAAUUUCCCUCUCGGCUCCUCCUUGACUGGCAGUGUGGCAUCGGCGCUCUGACAGCACACAUGGCACGGUCUAACUUACCCACACGAGGGCAGAUCGGAGGCUGCAGCCUUUCCUUCACUGACAUUGUAUCCUUGUUUUUUGUUUUUUUUGUUUGUUUUUUGUUUUGUUUUUUUGUCUGAUUUGUACGUCAUGUUCUGUUUCCUAGGCCUUUUUUUUUCCGAUUCAACGACUUUUACCCUUUCAAAUUUACAACUUGAAAUGUGCUUUUAUGUUCAUACAUGAUUUUAUUCCUUUUUUGCUUUUUAUGCUGAUUUGAAACACAAGCGAUGUACUUCACUGAAAAGUAGUCUGUAGUUUAAACUAUUUUGUCUUUUUUUCCCUUUUCCAAAACUGCUGUCCAUCAAUGUCUUAAGGAAUCCACUCACUCACACUACAUCUCUCUUUUUUUUUUUUUCCCCAAAUACAUUGAAUCAAGGUCAUCCUUGGUUAUUUUUCUUUAUUUGAUCAUGUUUUGGGUUCUGUAUGCCCAGACCUAAGGCUGCUAUGCUGAAGGUAGAGUGAAAGAAAGCAUGUGUGAUUUCACUAGAAUGGGACGAGUGAGCCAUGCAACUCAUCAUCUCAGUCUCAGAAUUCAGAAAAAAAAAAAAGUUUCAAAAUCCCUGAUUUCUCAGAAUCUCUUCUUUCCUCGAGUUAGAUGACAUCACCAUGGAACUUCCUCCACUUUGUGUUUAACAUGACUAAUGAUUGAGAGUUUGUGUGGUGUGUGCACAGGUCAAUGCACUCCGAGUCGAUUUCAGCUUCGAUUCAGGUCUUCUUUUUUUUGCCGUUCCGUUAGACUCAACCCAAGAGCGUUCUGAUCAUUUGAGACAUUAGGAGGAUUCGAGCACUCCUCCACAAAUAAACAAUAAAAUGCGUAAUAACAAAGGUGUAUUAUGCAACCCCAAGCUUCUGUUCGAGCCCUGGGAAUGGCUGUUUGGCUGAGCAGAAAAUCCUGUCAGCUUUUGGUCGUGUCCUACUAAUUCCCGAAUCGUAAUACUGCCAUAUUUCGAAUCCUGACUUCAUACCGAGCUAGGUCAGACAGGAUCCUCAAUAUCCUUUUUCUACUUGCUAAGAGCCAUAUUUUAUAGGUUGUUGUUUUAUAAUCCCAUUUUUGCUUUCCUUCUUUACUUUAAAAAUCAGUCACUGCCUAAAAGAAAGAAGAUGGACCACUUUAAUGUUUCAUGAACAAACGCUACAGUUUAGACGAAGCCGUACUUCCCCCUGCUGGCAAAUUUUUUGUUGCUUAUUUCCCAAAGUGACGUAUUACUACGGGGCAAAAUGUGUAAAUUUCAUAUAAACGUUGAUGUUCUGUUCUGUUUUUUACAACUGUUCUGUAUUUUUAUAUUAAGUACUUUUUAAUAUUUUGGAAAUCUAUAAAUUAAAGGUGUAUAGGCUCGGAGCAUUCGGUGACUAACAGAUUUAGUAAAGCGGGCAGUAGAGUACAUUGUUUUGCAGGUAUACUUAUGCCACGUUUAAUAGAAAAUGCUUUGGCCAAGGAGAGAAUGAGAGCAUGACACGUUUACUUUAAAUCGCGUGAGAUUUGGUAAAACUCUCAGCUCCGUUCAAACGGCGUUAGGUGUAGGUGCAUUGGGAAAAACGAAAGCCUGUAGUUUAUCCAACAUACUCAUCCAUCCUGGCUACUGUAAAUGUUACACGGACAUUUGCAUUGACGUCACUAGUUCUAAAAGGAAUAUUUUGUUAAUUAAAUAUGAAUUGAAAUUGUUACAAUGCAUAUUUUCAUCAUGUACAAUCAAACUUAUGUUCAUUCGCAUGGAAUUACAGCCUCAUUUAUUUUCAUUAAUUUUUUUUUCAUAUACAAUGUUACCAUGGGCUGUUUUUUUUUUUUUUUUUUUUUUUUUUUUUAACAGUAAGCUUGUGUGUGGCUGUUUUUUUUUUUUUUUAAUUAAAGCUGCUCAAUUCAUGAACAGCUGGUGCACCAUCUACUGCGUUCAGUGUCGUGUUAACAACAAAAGCUUGUUCUGCAGUCGAAGCUUUAAGAAAGUUCUGCCAAAGUGUUGUUUUGUACAAUCAUUACUUCUCAUGAUUCAAAUCCCAACAUAAACGUUAUGUUAUAUUGUUGAAAUGACACUACUUUGUUUCGGAGUCCUAAAGAAGUCCUACAUGGAUAUUUGUCCAACCCAAUUUCAUCCUUUUAUCCAUCUCAUUGCAUCAUCAUCUCCCUGGACAUUUUGCUGUACGCUGAUGUUAAUCAACAGCAGUUUCAAUUUUGAACAUUAACCGAUUUGGCUUUGCAGGACAAUUUAUUAUUGCGCACGUCUGUCGUUUUGCUGAAGUGCAAAAAAAAAUAAUAAAAAUGAUGGCAUGCAGCAGCUAAUUCGACUGCCUGGCAAGUCGACUGAGAUUCUUUGACAGCUCUUGUUCUGGUUUGGGGGAUUAGGAGUGAUACACCACAGCUGUAAAUAAAAGAUUGCAUUUUUAA